AACCAGGUUAUCAAAUUUAUGGUUACUUAAAAGUCCUAUUUGUUCUUCAAACAAAAAUAUUAUUUUUUAAAGCCAUUUACGGCUUCUAUCACAGAUGUACGACGAAUUUAUAAUAAUUUUUAUUUCAGACAUUAAAAAGUCGAUAGAAAUCAAACAAUUGUACAAAGACUCCCCUCGGUCUACAAUGACCAACGAUCAAAAACUCGCACCAUCUCGCCUGCCGCCUAAAUAUACGAAAUAUAGGAAGCCGAGCAGUAACCACCUUAGCGAUAUGAGAAUAGCAGAGCUUGGCACGUCAACAGAGAUUGCUAAUACUGCUUUAAGAAAAAAAUCCGAAGAAGAAGCUGUAAUAAUUAAAUCCAUGGUACCGCUAAAAAGGACACCGUCAUCAAUCAUGUCGGGACUGAAUACAAAUCAAUCAGGUGACGGUGACGAUUCCUUGAGCAGCGAACUUGAUUACUCCGUUUCAAUGAAGUCGGAUAAAAAACAUUGGAUGGACAGAAGAAUAAGAAGUAUUAUGAAAAUUCCCUACACUAGUUUCAAGAGAAACAUUUUGAAACAAAGUUCGAUUGUGAGCACUUUGAUGAGCGUCGAACACGACCCACAGAGUUUCUUGAAAAAGAUAAAUUCAUUAUUCCAUGAGGAAAUAACCGAACAUCAACGUCGUGGUCUGAAAAGACUUUACUCAACUAUUAAUCGAAGACAGUCUCCGCAUAAAUUGGGAUGGUAAUAAAAAUAAAUAAAUUAUUAUUUACACAUUUAAGUCAAACAAAUAUAUAGUAUCCGCGCUUGAUAAGGCACGUCAGGAAGUAAUGUUCCCAUUUCAAAUUAAUUUCGGCACUAUAUGUAAUUAGAAAAUUUUACACAUGUGGUAGUUAGAUUUUUAAGUACUAAGAGUUAAUUUGUUUUAGGUUACGAUUGAUGCAGAAGAUGGAUGAACACAUGAGCUGCAAACAUUUGAAAACUUCUCACAGUUAUCGCUGCAUGCGCGCGCACGUCAUGCGCAUAGCCGGUCCUACGAAGAGCCAAUUAGCAGGCUUUCGUGCAAAACUUUUAAGGAUGGUUGUUCCAAGUCCAAAACCAAACAUGAGGUGUAAAAGUAAAAACAUUACUCCUUCAUGUCCUAUAGUUGUUGACUCAACAGUAUUGUGAAAGUAAAAUUUUCCCCUACAGAGAUUACUGUAAAGUGUAUUUAAAUCUCCAGUAAAGCUUAAAUUAAACCAAAAUAUGUUAAUACACUUUUUUACAACUUAUAGAAACAGA